CGUUUGAUUAUUACAUAGAUUUGUUUAGUAGUUUAUUUGUUUGUAUACCUUAGUUUUCAUUAGUUUAUUACCAUAGUUCGUUAUCUUAGAAUUAGUUAGUUUUUAAGGCCUAGUCCAGUUUUAUAGUAGAAUUUAGUUGUAAUGGAUAGGAAUUGCUACAUUUGCGGACGUUCGGUAGAGGAAGUGGUUAAAUUAUUUUCUUUUCCAUUAAAUAUCAAUAAACAGUGAUUAUGGAAUGAGUGUCUUGGUGUACCAGCAGAAAACACGUACUCUAGACGUAUGAGAAUUUGCAACAAUCACUUUACAAUGGAAAGCUUUAUGUUGAAUAGGACCCCCUUGACCUUAAAAAGAGAUGCAAAGCCUUUAAGAGUGAUCAUGAAUGAAGCACACAUUGUAACGAGUGAACCGCUAAGACAGCCUGAACUGGAGCAAAAUAAUUUAACGGAUUCUGUCAUAGAGUUAAAUAUAACAAAAGACGCUGCCAUACCUUCCUCCGCUACAAAUCCAACAACAGAGUCAGUAUUUAAGAAGAGCCAGUUUAGUGCAACAAUCAAAGAAAAAUCACUGCGACGAAUUUUAAAGAACAAAGAAAAACAGAUCCGGAGACUUAAAAAGAAUUAUGAAAAUAAAACUACAUUACUGAGAGAUAUGUUAAGCACACCAGAAUCUUUUACUCAGGUUUUUAAAGGUAAUAGUAUUUACUUUCCAAUUAUUUAAUCACGAAUUGAGGCAACAUGUUUAAGUCUUAGUUGUGAUCAUAGUUAAAGUAAUGUAAUCGUGAUUAAUA